GUCAGGAUAUUCAAUACAAAUGUCAAGACAGUUCUACUGUAUGGGGCAGAAACCUGGAGAACUACGAAGGCCAUCAUCCAGAAAAUACAGGUGUUUAUUAACAGUUGUCUACGCAAAAUACUUCAGAUCUGUUGGCCAGACACUGUUAACAACGACCUUCUAUGGGAGAGAACAAACCAGAUCCCAGCGGAGGAAGAAAUCAGGAAGAAGCGCUGGAAGUGGAUAGGACACACAUUGAGGAAAGCACCCAACUGCGUCACAAGACAAGCCCUCACAUGGAAUCCCCAAGGCCAAAGAAAAAGAGGAAGACCAAAAAACACGUUACGCCGGGAAAUGGAGAUAGACAUGAGAAAAAUGAACAAUAAUUAGAUGGAACUAGAAAAGGCCCAGGACAGAGUGAGUUGGGGAAUGCUGGUCAGCGGCCUAUGCUCUAUUAGGAGUAACAGGCGUAAGCAAUUAAAUCCUACAAGGAAUAACAGACACAGGUAAGGUGGUCGUUAUUGAUUAUGAAAGUGAGGAGGUGAAACACUGAACGAGUUACUGAUUCCCUGUUAGGUUGAGAAAACCAAUUUGAAAUGUUUUUACUCAAUAAGUUGAACAAACCGACAUUCAUACGGAAGCCGAUUGUAAAACGUAGCUAAUGCAGGAAUUUAGGUCGAGUUUUUAAGAGUUGGACAAAAUCUUGGCAAUCGUGAAAUAUUAUGGCUCAAUCAUCCGUUUAAUUCUUCGUUUUGAGUAGGCAUCACAUUUUUUUAUCAUAUGUUGUGUUGAAACCUAUUUGUGUUGGAAGAGUGAAUCUCACAUUCCAACUAUACGGUUACACGAUCCGAAUAAAGACUUACCGAGGAAUAGCUACUAGUAUUUAGAUUUUCUGGCUUCGAUAAGAGAUUUGAACGUUAUAAUGUUGAACUUAAAGAUAUCUGGUUCGAUGAGAUCCACAAAUCUAAAAUAUGGAGUGAUACUGGGAGACUCGAUUUAGCGAAUUAUAAAAUGACGCAUCUUGAUCAAGGUAUGGUGCACAACACUACAGACAACAGCGUGGAAAUGUAAUCAAAACAGUCAAUACGAGUGAUAGAAAAUAAUGCUGGUCUAUAAUAAUGGAUCUUUAGGGUCAAUAAAUAACCAGAACGAUGCCUCUUAGCAGCCGACGAAAAGAGUGCUUUACAGAAAACAAUAUAGCGCUGAUGAAAAUACUCCAACAUGGGCACUCAAUUCACCUAAACAAUGAGCUUUUCAGCAUUUAAGUAAUAAGACAUUCAUACCACCUCAUGACGAAGCAUUAAAGUCUGAUCGGUAUCGGUCUACUUGUCUAUGCCACUAGAAUAAAGGACAUGUCUUAUAAUCGUAAUCUCUUCAUAGUAUGACCACGUAACCUGAAAGAUAUUACGAGGAAUUCGCAUCAUCACUUAUUCUGAUUCAGCCUGUCGUAGCAGUCAGCAGCUCACAUUUAAGGAAACCACUACAGAGCACAUUAGAAUCAGUAAUAGAAUAAUAUAUUCAACAUACAUUGAGUACCGCGCCCAUGUGGAUCAAUCAUGUCUCUCCGACUAAGCAUCCUGGAGUUGACCUUCAGUCAGUUUAUCCAAGUGUUCAGUUACUAGUCCAAACCAUCUCAGUUACUUUAUUUUUAGGCUUCAAGGAUCGCGUGCUUAUGGACCAAUGUCAUUGCAAAUUCUUUUAUGAAACGUACAAUGCCAAUCUUAACCACUUAUUCGCUGGAUGCACUUAGCUGAAAAACAGGAUCAAAAUGUGGUCAUCUAUUAUGCAACAAUGUUAACAAAUACUUGCCCUGAUAUGAUCUCACUUUUGUUACAACCUCUGAACUCCCCACACCAUCCUUAUCAGCACGAACAGCGUUAGUCAAUGUGCAACCAGAACCGUUGUCUAGUAACGGAAAUUUGUCUUUACAUCUUACAAGACCUCUAUAAAAGGAGUGUACAUUAACAGCAAGCUUGUUGGGUUUGAACAUCCGAAGACACUCAUGACACCACGAGAAAUGUAUGAGCUGUAGUGACCAAAAGCUCCUUGAGAUCAAUUAUUUCGUGAGCAUUUGGUACCGACGCUAAUGUUAUUAGCUUUGCUCAAUGCCAAAUAGCUGAAGGCAACUAGUCGUGAUCAUUGCCACAUAAAGUAUGGAGUAAGCUUAUUCUGAACAAGCUAGGCAGUUUGCGAAAGAUAUGUUUCACUACCUCUAUAUAAUGAUUUGUUCGUAAAUAGCAGUGUUAUAUGCGCAUGUCAGUUUAUGGGCAAGAUCAAAUUGUUACGGAAGAUACAACAUUCACCGUGGUUGGUCACUCAGUUUGAUGUUUUAUAAGACGUAUUGAUCAUAAAAGUACAGGGCAUGAAUGCAAAUAACAUUAGUAAGAUCCGUAUUGUCAACACGACGGUUGGCGCGCUUUAUACAGGUUGCGUUGCAACGUGUAACUCAUAUUCGGGACUAAAUACGUAAAUUUGAGAGCUUCCGUAAACUGUUACUUUAUAUGCCUCUGGAACAUCUGAGGCAUUAAGAUGGCGCAGGACGGAAUGGCCCGCUCCACUUGCGCUAUUGAUGACAUAUUUUGAGAGGGCUGAAAAAGAUGGUAAGGAAAAGAAAGGACGAGAAGCAGAGAGGACAAUGUUCAUGACUGUUGAAGUUACGUAAUUUUUGGUGGAGUAAUUAAAGUAUGACUGCUUAGUCUAAUUUUCUACUAUUAAUGCACUUUUCAAGCAAGAGCAUUCUAAUGGGUUAAAGAAAGCAUGCAUGAGUACUGUAGUGAAUGGACAAAGGACUAUAUAUUGGAGAAGGUUCAGAAAGAAGCCGAGGGUAUAGGAUUAUGUGUAGUUUAGAAAUAUAGUACUGAAAAGCGUAUUCUAAUACACAAAUGGCUAUAUCCAUUAUGCCGAAGCUAUUUCAACUCGUUUUUUUAAUUUUAUACAUUCCAUAGGGUCAUGAGCGAAUUGUUUAUUUUUAGUUGUAAUAGUGCGGAGUAGGAGCAUAAGGGUAUAACUAAUAAUCAAUGAAUGAUGGGAGAGGGUGAACCAUGCGUCCUAUGAUUUGGCUAUAUUCACAUUAAUGACAAUUGGGGUCCGUUGUAUCCAGGAUUGUUCUAGAUAUUAAGCGGUCCAUAAUAAAGUGCCUAAUUAGUGGGCGGAAGCUCAGUUGAUGAAGCUCGUUAAUGUCAAGUAACAGGGUUAUUAGUCUUUUGAACUUGGUGAGUGUCAGUUACGGAUAGGUAUUGGCAACCUAUUCCACGAUAAACUAUAUCCCACUGUAAAAAACUUACAACGCGUUGGUUUUCGGUGUUUCACUGUAGGCAGAGUCUACGCUUCGUUUCUGAGUCUGUAGAUUGGGUCAUGGGUCAUGGUUGGGCAGGAGGUUGGAAAUGAGAGUCCAUAUAUUGCUUUGUAGAGCAAUAUUAGAUUGUUCCUUAGCCGACAGUUCCAUAAAGGUUUUAAGGAGUGGUGCUUACAUCUAUCCCUGUAGUUGAGAGUGGAGUCACAUCCUAGCAGUCGGUGUGUGAAGCGUCUCUGAACAUCUACUCGUAUCUUGUUUGUGGUACUCAUGUUUGAGAAAAUAAAAAAGCAAUAUUCGAGAGAGGGUCGUAUACAUAUCUUGUAAAGGGUAAGAUUGGCCUCUGUUGUGAAGAAAUUUUUUAUUAUGAAGCCAAUUAGCAGUCUAGGUUUAGAAAUAAUGAACGAGGCAUGUUCUUCAAACUUUAACACCUAGACCAUGCACUGACUUGAGCAUUUAAACUCUGCAUUUAUUCAUAUAAAGUUUUAAUUCAUAGGGAUGUUUUCCGAAAUGCGUGGUGCUACACUUGUUGAGGUUAAAUGGAAACUGCUACUUUUUGCUCCAGAUAGGUUGUUGAGGUCACUUUGAAUCAAGGUUACACUUGCACUUUGAGCUUCAGGGUCAAACCUGUAUACUAUUUUGAGAUCAUCGGCGGAUGGUCUAAAGUUUAUGGUGCCACAUAUAACGUUUAUAUACAUAAGAAGCAAGAAUGGACCUAAUACACUCCUAUGAAUGACCCCACUAGCUAUUGGUCUAGGUAAUAGGAGAGUCAUCGUACUUUUUACGUUCUGUUAAGAAUGAAGCAAACCAUGAGUAAAGUGUGUUGUUGACUCCAAAAGACUUCAGUUUGACAAUGUUAUGAUCGUUACCUGAAGACGUUUCCUAAUAUACCCAGCGUUGGUGGUGAGGCCACUGGCAAGGAUUAAGUCCAUGAUAUUUUGAUGUCUGGUAGGGCUACUGACAUACUGAGUCCACUGUCCAAGCUCUAGGCAUUCAAUAAUUGAUUCAUAACGUUUCAAUGCCAUGACUGGGAACCAAGAAAUUUCAAGUCUGUUGAAGAAAAUAUUGCUAUCUCAUCUAUUGAUGCGUUAGGUUGAUGGUAGACAUGCUCAGACAGUAAGGAAAUGGAACUGGAAAUUCUUGAAGCAAUUUACACCGAAUCCUGCAGCUUGUUUAGUUCAGAUAUGUCACAUAAUAGUGAGUAUAAGCUAAAGUGAGCGUCAAUAAAGCACCUUACUUCUUGUCCCUUCAACCUAUCUCUUUGAUUUGGGAAACGGUUAUUAAGAGAUAUACUUAGGUCGGAAAUAUCACUGUUAGUCCAUGCUUCAGAUUCAAUCAAAAAUGAUGGAUGGUAAAUGGGCACAAACAGGGCUAAAUCGGUCUUUCUAUUACAGAUAGACCUAGCGUUGGUAAGACAUAUAUUAAACAGAUGGCCCACAAAGUUAAAAUAAGUGAGAAUAACUCGAUUAAAGUUGUCAUAGCCUCCAAGGUUGUGAUUUGGUUUUAAAGUGAGAGGUUGAUUGUUCUCCAGUAACUUGUUAUUUUGAUGGCUAGAGUCAGAAAAGGAUAUAUCAAAUGAGCUAGUGAAGUUAUUUGGAGAGUUUAUCCAGGAGUAGAGGGUGGGAGUACUCUCUGAUCGAAACCGUACGGAGGUAGCAAGUUUAUGUUCCGCAUGUGGUUUGAAAUGAUUUGGGCCAUAUGCUUCAACAGAGGUGCCACUACGGGACGUAUUCCAAAAAAUCCGAUACAGGCCGACUGUGAAGUGUGCUUUUAUCUGAAAAUAGUCUUCAUAGUUAAGCUCAUAGCUUCGGCUAUAGCUAUUUGCGUUAGCGUGAACGUCAGAAGAACCUGACUGUUAUUAUACAAGAUGGCCAUUUCUAUGAAGUGAGUUGGUACUGAAGGAUAUGGAAUGUUUUCCUUCUGAGAGUAACUACAGUUGGAAUCCUGGGGAACGGAGAUAAGAUGUGGACCGAGAAACCUAUUAUUACCAUACUUAUUAAUGGUUCUAUGCUUUAGGGGUGAGAGGAGUGAUAAGCACUCCGAAAGCUUUGUUAGCCUGAGUGUAAAAAUAGUUGUUAUACUCAGGCCUACCACCGGUUUUUCAACGUAGAGCUGGACAACCUGUUCGCAGUUGCUGGGUUACCUACGGAACUGUUGUGUUUAAUCUUACGCGUUUUCCAGUUCGGUAUCCUGGAUUUUGUAUCCACACUCCUUUUUGUCAGAGCUGGAGGGUUCCGUUGUCUCUGAGAUGAAUUUGGGUUGUUUCGAGUCAUCUUGUGAAGUACCUUUAGGACUAAUUUUCAAAUGGAUAGGUUUAGUUUGAUGUGUCGUCACACGACUCACAUCUUAUCAUAGUACUGAGCGAAAAUCUGGGAUUAGAAUUAGUGUUAUGCCUUUUGGUGGUAGUUGUAAUCCGUACCUUAUGCAAAGGUUUCUGAUCUGAAGACGCAUCUAGAUCUGCAGAAUGAUCUCUCGUCUGUGGAGUGACAACAUGCUUAUUGUUCAUGCGCUUUAAACUAAUUACUGCGUUGCAAACCGUCUCUAGGUGGUUAUUCGCUGUAAAACCAUCAUGCAAUCAUACCGCUUCACGUAUUCCUACACGACGUUGACAGAGCGCUAGGUCUGGAGUGACUUUUAUGCUCUUGUAUGCAAUUAUUGAGCUAAUAGUUUUGCUGUCUGAUAGACUGUACUGACUUUUCGAUGCACGUGAGUGCGGUGCAUUUUAGGUCAACCAGUCUUAGCGUUGGCAUAAUGCACAAAGAGAUAGAGGGGUUGUUACAUGGAGAAUCAAGUAGUGAAAGUGAUAUUUACAGAUAAAACACACAGGAUUCAGCAGGUUUGACAUUGUCGUUAGAUACAGGGGUUACAGAUCUUGACCUUUUAGUUGGCUUAGUAGUCGGUGAAAUUUCUCUCUUACUAGAGUUACUUGCCACAGUUUGAAGCUGAGUAGGAAGCUCGUUUAACUAAAUGGAAUAUCUGAGUACAUAGUUACCAUGAAGUAUUAACCGAGUUAAUACUGGGAUAAGAGAUUAUGAGUAUACUAUGUAUUUCAAAUAUAAGGCAUUUAGUUAUAACGUAAGGGACUAAUGAUCGAUGGAAUAUUUACAUUUCAAUUAGUGUAAUCCAAAGAUAAAGACGCGUCAAUGUCAGUUGCUGGGGGCUUACAUAAGAUAUGUGGGAAAGGAAAUCCGCGAUAUGUAUGUAUUAACUGGUAAGUAUCCAAAGUUGUUUUCCUGGGGUAACAUGUGCCCGAUAUAGAAGAUAGGAUGACGAUCUCACUAUAUUACAUUAUAAAUUUCUAAACCACGUAAAUGUUAUCACUUUCGAAUUUUACGGAAGACUAAAUACAUUCAUUCAAAUAUCACUAACGUAGAUGGUGUGUCGAAUGGUUGUAGGCUUACUCGAGUGAGACGAGGAAAGUGUGACCAACCAGUCCAUGUCGUAGUCACACCUUGCAGUUAGUACCUCACAUGGAUUACCCUCUUAUCGUAUCUAGGUACUGUGGUUGCUUCGAUAACCUUACAACACAAGCGACGUUACCACAGAAACAUGAUAGUGUGAGUAGGUAAGAGGAACAGUACAUGACCACUACUUCGUGGGCAAUUCCAUAGCAUGCAAUUAACUGACGAGCGCUAGCCAUCCUUGAACUUGGCGAGGAUCGGCGAAGUACUCGAUACUCAGUGAUCUAAUUGCCGGCCAUCUUGGCUAGAGUCCAGUAAUAUUUCACUGCCUUUACACCCCUUUUCUGUUUAUCAGUCGGUCGUUUCUUGAGUAAUAGUUGACUAACAAUGCUGUCUUAUCCUGUGUCGUUUAGAUAAUCUUCAGGAUUAUGUUUUUGGUGACGACUGAUUCCUUAGAUUUUCUGACUAAAGAUGUAAAGACAGACUUUACUGAAAAAUGAAGACGAAACAAAUGUUACUCCUCACUUACUAACCGUCUGUCAAAAAACAGGAACCUGAAAACAGACUGUGGAUCCUAAACUGAAAUGAACUCCAAUCUGAUAUGAUGAAACUGAACUUCGUAUAUUGUUUGAUUUUCCUUUAAACAUGACCGAUCAGGUUGCAAGAUGUAGGAUGUGUCUAGAGAAUCAACAAAUUACCUCAUUUCAACACAUUGAGGGAUUUCCUAUAAAUUAAUAAGAUCUUAUAGUCUUGCAACUAAGACUCAAGAAAACAAUAUUUUUCUUUUUCCAUAAGAACUUUUAGUAACUCGACUCAUAACAUCCACUUUGUACAAGAAUUAUUCGGAUAGAUUAUUAACAAAGAUUUACGAAAAUAGAGCUUACCGAGAUCAUUAUCUGUUUCUCUACAGCUGAAAACAUGUUCGUUCUCUUAAGCAGACGGCGCUUCUUUUAACGUCAGGGUCACCUCCGCGACCAAUUAAAGUACUUCUGUCAGAUGAGACGUCUUGGUAAAAAUAAAAAAAGGCGAUGGCAGUAUUGCUACAAGGAUAUCGAUGCUAAAAUUCAAGACGCAGAACACCACAAAAGAAUAAUUGACCAGGAUUUUACACAAGUGUCAACACUAAACAAAAAAAACUACAUCGUAAAGGGAGAUAAGAAUUCAGCGAAACCUUUCAACGAUAUCCCUAGCGCAUGCGACAGAAGGUUGCAUACUUCGCAACCAAAACUGGAGAAAAGAAAACUUAUUGAGAUCGAUAUCUGGAAAGAUGUACCAGCUUCAAUAAUGCCCUCUGGCAAAGGGUCUACUCUAGAAAAGGCAGUCGAUAAGAAUCCAGGAAAUCAUUCCCUACCUUGUCCAGGACAAUCAUACAACCCGACUUUGCACGAUCACUUAUCCCUCAUUUCACGAAUAAAAGCUAUCGAAUCUGCAAAGCAAAAACUGGAGCUUAAGACAGAGCGCUUUGUUAGCAGUCUAAGAGGUGUUAACUCGUCACCGAACCCUCUUAAAGAUAUGGAAAAGUUCCUUCAGUCAUUAAAUGCUGAGUCUCACGUUACAAAAAGUAGUGAAGACGUUGAUGAGAUUUUUCUGCCUCGGAAAAAGCCUAAAAAAGUGGACCCUCACAAAAAAAUGAAAAACGAUCUCGAAAAUUUACCUAAGUUGCUUAAGGAAAUCAAACGUGAAAAGAAAACCAGGGAAAGGCGGAAGUCAGCAGCCAAAGCUAAAAGCGAAAUCCGAAGUAAACUGAAAAAAGUUGAUCUGAACAUACCGUUCCAGUUGCCCAAUGAGAUAUCGUCAUCAUUAAGAAAGUUGUGUCCGGAAGGUUAUCUAUUUCAUGAGGUUGAACGUCGGCGGAACAGAUGUCCACGUGCUCGGAAAACGUUGGGUAGCAAAAGCAAAAGCACAUCAUUUGAACGCAAGCGCUAAGUUAAUACAUUAAUGUAAUCAUUUAGAUUGCUUGUAAAUAUGUGUGAGUAUUAUCCAGCGAAACCGGUGUUUUCUUAUUUACCGUAAAAUGCAUUGACUGUAUUUCACAGCAUUCAGUAGACCAGUCAUUGCUAAACACAAAACCUGCCAUGAGGGUUCAUUGUUCCUUGGAUAUAUUCUAGUUUUUAUAACAUAAACCCUUCUUCUUGGAGAAUGAAAAAAUACCUUAUAAGUUUGCGUUUGAGCUACUCUGACUCCUUACCAUUCAUAAAUUCAACAAAAAUCAUAGAUAAAAGUGUCGGGCAGUUGUGGACAGCUGCAUAAACUUAUAAGUAAGAAUAUUGUUAGGGGUAUAGCACUGAGUCCUAGGGCAGAACUAGCCCUUUUAGACUGGAUCCCAGUAGACAGUCGUUUGUGCGCUGUCCGACUGAACGGAAUAGUAAGGAUCCGAAAAGAUAGGGACACUCGUCGUUGCCUCUUCGUCGUCUCUGCCUAUUCUCCCACUGACUGCAGCUCAGGUGAUGUAAAAGAUGAGUUUUACAGAAAGCUUUUCGACCUUCUCCGAAAAGCUAGGCGCUCUGAUGUAGUAAUAGUGGCCGAUGACUUUAAUGCUCAAGUAGGUAAACCAAGCGAUGGGGAAAGACACCUGGGUGGAUCUUAUGGUGUCGCGGCUCAAAGAACAGAUAAUGGCGACCGUCCGUUGCAGCUAUGCUCAGAUAACCGCCUGUUUCUUGCAAAUACUAACUUUAAGCAUAAGGAAAAACAUCUUUUAACAUGGCGACCCCCUAAUUCGUCCCAACGUUGGACCCAAAUAGAUCACAUCGCUGUCAGCCACCGAUGGAGGGGCUCGAUAGAAGACUGUCGCUCAUUCUGGAGCACAUGCUUAGAUUCAGAUCAUGCUCUAGUGCGAGCGCGUAUUUGCUUGCGUCUUACUGGACGUAGGAAAGACGCUUCAAGGAAACCUCUUAAGGGCCUACGUAAUGAUAGUCAAGCAAAGAGUAUAUUUCAGGAACAACUAGGAAAACAGUUAGACAGCCAUAUAUGUGAUGCCCACCCCGAGGCAGCAUGGAAUGAUAUCCGAAAAGCUGUGGAAACAGCAGUGAUAUCUGUUAGUACGGUAAACCACAAGGUUAGGGAGAAACACUGGAUCUCAGCAGCAUCUACCGCACUGAUAGAUGCUCGAAAACUCAUUCCACCUGGCUCUGAACAUAAUGAAGAGCGAAGUCAGCUUAAGCGCAAGCUGAUAAAAGCCUACACAAUAAUCGUGAAGUGGUGGGUAGCGGAAGCAAGAGAGAUGGAAAAGGCAGCGGCAAUAGGUAACAGCAGACAAUUGUUCAGACUUGUUAAGGAAACCGGUAUUAGGAAGCUGACUGUUAGCGAAACACUCUCAGAGAAAGAUGGACAUAUUAUUCAUUCUCAAUCCAGGAGAUUGGAUCGAUGGGCAGAACAUUUUAGGGAUCAGUUCAAAUGGCCUUCAGCCACACUUCGGUUUCCCACGAUCUCCAGUCAACCUGAAUGGCAAGUUAAUAUAGGUCCUCCGUCCCUUUACGAAGUUGAAAAAGCCAUAAGAAAUCUGAAGCGUGGGAGAGCGGCAGGCCCUGACAGGUUUACUCCUGAGAUUUUUAAGGAUGGUGGUCCAGUAUUAGCAAUGAGAUUAACCGAGGUCUUAGGUAGAAUUUGGGAACUGGACGUAAUCCCAUCUGACUGGUCUCAAUCACUGAUUGUGCCAGUCUAUAAGAAAGGACAAAAAUCCUCUUGUGACAAUCACACAAUAAUCAGUCUGACUAAUAUAGUGUCUAAAAUAUUAACUUUAAUAAUACCUCGACGCCUAACUAAUGAGGUAUGACAACUUAAACCAAUGCAUAUAUAUGCCUGGUCUUACGUUGUAGCUGACUGACUGACAAUGCAAGAGCAGAUAAGUUUUUGAAGUAUUUUUAUCUUUCAGUGGUAAACUAACAACACUGGUAGCUUACAAAUUAGGUACUGCUUUAGAACAACACAUAGACGAGCAAUUUUGUUUUCAGUUAGAUUCUUGACAGACUUUAAAAUACAGUAGUAUUUAUAUGGAUUUAUAAAGACAUUAAACCAAUAUAGGCAGUUUAUGAGUCAGUGGCAACAGUGAAACAGGUUACAUAAAUAGACAUGAUAAGUAAAAAGUAUACAUUGAUAGUAUGACGGCAGGUGUACUAGUUGUGAGAAUAGUAAAAACCUGAAUCAAUGUCCCACCACAGGAAGUAGGUCGACAAUUUGGGAAAGUCGACACUGAAACAACACUCACUGUAAAUUAUGGAAAUUACUUCGAAGUGUUCAAAUAGUUCGACUGUGAAUUGUAUAUUUGAAAAAAAGUGAACUUGUAGAUACACAUAAAUGUGGCGAAACCAUGUAGCUUAUCUUUUAGUUGUGGAACCUCCGUAGCCUGUUAGGAAACAGUAGACAGGUUAGCCGCUGUAAAGAUAACUGCUCUAGUUAGAUCUACCUUGUGCUAAAUCGCUAGCUAUAUAUCAGUUGAACUGUAGCCUUUGUAAGAGGUUUCUGGGCAAGCGUUGAUAUCAUUACAUUUCUGUUCACGAUAUACAAUUGUUUCGUCAGAAAAUCCGGUGUUCGUCUUGCUGUGCUAAUGUGUGGCAACUUGAACCGAUGCAUGUAUGUGCCUGCUCCUACGUUGUAACUGACUGACAGAAAACCUUGUAGAUAACCCAUUUAAAUUAACAUGGUACCUAAGCAUAUCUAGCCAGCUCUACUUGCAAGAUAUCUUAAUAUUACCGCUGAACAAUAUCACAUGAAAAAACCACCAACCAGAAUCUCGAUUAAUAUGACUUAAAAUUUGUAAAUUUUGAACAACAUAUAUAAGUGAACAAUAUUGUUUUCGAUUAGAUCCUCACCAGGCUUUACUCUAAUAUACAGUAAUAUUUAUAUGCAUAUUCGAAAUUAUGAAACCAAUCAAGGUAGUUUAUGAGUCAUUGAUAACAAUGGAGAAUAAGUGGAAAUUACAGGUGUACUAGUUUUGAUAAGAAUAAUAAAGGCUUAAAUCAAUUUUAAACAAUCGGAAAUAGGUCAAUGAUUAGAAAAAAAUAUAGGGGAUCCGAUUGCAUUUAAGGUACUCAGUGAGUUCCUAAAGUUGAAUGCUAGUCUCACAGAAGCGAAAAUAUCGUUGGAAUUUAUUAGUGACUGUAUACGGACUGAGAGAUAUCCUAAAAUAUAUUGGAAAUCUUUACGCCGGAACAAAAUUUAUCCUAAUGCUAGAACCCUUAAACGACAAACACUCGACCAAACAGAUUCAUCAGAAAUACACAUAAACAAUCUGGAAAGAAAUCUUUCACAAAGAGAAUCUAUGGUCGAUAACCUACCACAGGAAAUAAAAUCACAAUUUAUGGAUUAUAUUAACAUGGUAGCGAAAAGUAGACCAGAAAAAUUAGAGACAAAACUAAUUCGGUUACUGGAACCUCAUAAACCUGAAAGAAAAUUUCCUAUGGACCCUGAGCGGUACGUUCAUAACUUUUCUAGUGUUACGUUAGACAUAAUGCAUGUAGAGGCUUUGUCGCUCAGACCUAGAUUUGUGACUAUGGAAAUAAAAUAAAUCAACCAGAUACAGAUGUGCAGUUUGAAAAUUUAUUUACACACAAUAUAUUUGGUGCUCACUUCACCAAAUGAACUCACUACGUUUAAGAUCACGUUAGUGGACAUCUGUCAACAAUACAAAAAUAGUAAAUGUACUGUGAAAACUCCACUUACCAAACACCGAGAUGCUUUACAUAUGCUUAUAAAAGACAAAACUCUAAUCAUAAGCAAGCUGGACAAAGGAGAAGGGCCGAUUACAUUGACAAAAUGAACUCGAUUUUGAAUGAUCCGACUAAAUUUCAAAAACAUAAAUAUGAAAGCAGAAAAACUGCUGACUAAUUCAUUUAAGGAAUUAAAAAAUAAAGGUAUACUUACUCCAAACAUACACGACUCAUUUAAACCCACUGGAUCGAACUCAUUGCGACUAUAUGGUCUAUCCAAAUUUCACAAGACAUAUUUUUCUCUUCGCCCAGUUUUAGAUAUGUAUAAUUCGCCUUAUCAUAAAACUACAAAGUGUGAAGUCCGAAUCUUAGAUCCCUUGCACAAACUAGUCGUUAACAGAAGCGUGAAAGACGUCUUCGAUUUCAUUUCUAAAGUGGAACAUAUGAACUUAAAUGGGAAACGGAUGAUAUUUCUAGAUGUUGCUUCCCUGUUCAACAAUGUACCUUUAACUGAGACUAUUGAAUUGGUGUGCCAACAACCACAAGAAAAGCAAAUCAAUAAUGGAAAUCUUGAGGUUAGUCUCAAAGAAGUACUUUCGAAAUUUACAAUGAAUGUCCAUUUUGUCUUUAAUAACACAUUAUAGACAAACUGAUGGUAUAGCUAUGAGUUCACUUCUAGGUACUAUCGUUGCGAAACUAGAAAACGGACCUCUCAAAGAGGUUAUCAAUAAGUUUGACUUCUACUCUCGUUACGUUGAUGACACUUUCAUUAUUAUCGAUCAGAAUAUUAGAAAAGAAGAACUAUUUAACAACAAACACCCGGCAAUCAAAUUAACACGUGAAGAGAAAAUAGGUAAUAUACUUCAUUUCCUUGACGUUUUGUUAAAUAGAAAAAAAAUGUUUCUAUCGGUAGAAAUGUGUCUAGAAAAAGCUUUUCAUCAAGCCAAUACACAUUUCUUAAGCUUCCUACUUCAUUAUAAGAGAAACUUAGUCAAAUGUCUGGUAAAUAGAGCUAUCACAAUAUGCUCAGUCGACACAAUUGAUAAGGAAUUAGAGCUCAUUCCUAAUAUGUUGAUUGAAAUGGGCUAUCCACAGGGUUUCCCGAAGAAACACUUGCGUGUAACAAAUAAGAAAAUAGCGACAUAAACGGCCAGUAAGAAACCUCUUUUCUUGAAGCUGCAAUCCAAUGAAGAUAGACCUGGUGAUGUAUUACGUGAUAGACUGACUAGAGCAGUGAAGAGAGCGCUUAAUGCAGCCAACCUCUAUCUAUCGUAUUCGACCCGAUCUAUGGCGAUUCCCCAACUAAAGGAUAAGUUACCUAGUUAUGCCAAUUCUAUGUGUAUCUACGAAUUCAGCUAAUCCUGUGGAGAAAGCUAUAUUGGGUGCACUACCCGGCAAUUAAACCAAAGAGUUACUGAACACCUUCCUUCGCGGUUAGAAAAAGGUAAUGUCAAGGCAAUACGCAGCUCGGUUCUAUCACACUUGAUCAAUAGCGGUCAUGUAGUGGACAGAAACAAGUCAUUUAAAGAUAUUUAUUCAGUAGUAAGCCACAACAGUAGUCCGUCAGUAAAUCGAAAGCUUAUGAUAAAAGAAAAACAUACAUUUGUCGUCUAGUUAAUUAAUAACUAAACAGAAAAACUAAUCAAUAGUAACCCGGAAAACCCAGUUCCAAUUUUUACAAUAUCCGUCCCGUCAUAACUUAUCUAACUAGGUUUCUCAUAUAAUCAAUAGGUACAAAGUUCAAGGUAUGUGUACUGGCCUACUGCAGGAUUUUCCCUAUACGCACCCCUAUUGAUAGAACCAUCUUUUCUAACAUAUUGUCAAGGAAAUGUUAUUUGUUGUCAAGUUUUUCCUUACAUGUAAAUCUGAUUGAUAAGUUGCUGGUUUUUAAAUAUUCUGAUCGACAACAUUAAAAGUAUCAUCAAUGUGACGACAGUAAAAGUCAGGCUAGUGACGCACAAAGUCGAUUGUCACAGCUUACGGUAAAGGAAAAAAAUCCAGGUAUAUUAUCUGUUUCCGGUUUACAUUCACAUGUUACACUUUAGAGCUGAAUUUGAAAGCGCCUCCAACGCUUCUGUUGACAACUAACUAGUUUAGAGAAUCUAGGAUUCAAACCAGCCACUUUGCAGUCUUAUAGUAUGCACACAUAUGUCUAAAACUUAACGUUAGAGUAGAUCCUGACUUGUGAACUUUGGGUAAGCCAUAGACGUGGUGUGUUCGGUUCGAUUGGCUCAAGCAGAUCAUAAAUGAUUAGAGUCAUUAUCUCCUAUGUUUCAAUUUUUUGAGCGAACUAGUUAGUAGUUUAUCCGCUUUCAUAUUUAUAUCUUAACGUGGCUGAGUCUUUGAAAUCCAGUCGCAACGUUCGAUAUCGCACUCAUUUUGUCAUAUCUGGACGAAGAAUAAAUGAAUGGUAACUACUAGGGAUUAUUUAUGGACUAUUAUUAAUGUAUUCUUAUUGGGUAAUUAUUAACUAUAUAUAUAUAUAACUUUUAUCGUAAGCUUUCAUUUGACCUAUUGUUUCCUACACUCACAGCCACUUUCGGUUUGAUCUUGUAUAAUCAUUUUUCAUUUCAUGGUGUGAUGCGGUCUGGUCUGCUUGUUUAUAAACUAAGUAUGUUUGAAAAAUGACAUCAAUACCAUGGAGGCUGGGAUUGUGUUCUGAAUUCAACGGGCAGGCCUAGACGAGAAGAACCGAUGGGGAUUCAAACUUGACGCAAGGCUGCUAGUGCUGGUUGACGGUCUAUUGGUUUAGCACAAGAACAAGGUCAUAUAAGUCCGUAUUCUGAGUGGCGAUUUUGUCAAGUGAUAAUUGACACAGGCAAUAGUCAUAACGCAUUUUAUCGAUAUGAUUUGGUUUGUUCAUGACAACUAGCCCUCCUCUUCUAUCUGGCUUGCUUAUGAUCAGUAUUAUCCGUCUUAAGCUUACGUAAAGCACAUCGAUGUUGUUUGGUAAGUGGAGAUUUCGCGACAUAUUUAUCACUUGUACAAUUGUCAAAUGUCAACCAUUGUGGGUUUGAAUCUAGUUGGUUCCUCGAAAGUAUUUGGGACCAAAUCUGUCGUUUAGAAAAAGAAAAUCUCGAAUUGCACGUUGGUAUAUAGUUCAUCAGUUAUAUGAUCAUAGUUCCAAAAUUUUAAAUCAAGCGAUACAGCUAUGAUAUCUAAAAUUAUUCAAAUUGAUUUGCUAACUAAGAAUUCCCGAAACAGCGCAAUAUAAGGAAGGUAGAACAAGAUAAGCGCAAAUGGACGUAUUAUAUUUGUAACUUGUAAUAAGCACGUAGUCAAGUACAAAAACCACAGGUUUUGAUUACACAAAAUUCAACUUAACACUGGAAAAAUUAUGAACGUAUUAUUUGGCGUCAAUAGAGGAAUUACGUUUUAAUUUUCGACAUCCGAGAGAUUCCACUAACUUCGUACCUAACGUCUCAAAUCUACUUUUUGCUACCGUGUCGACAUAGUCCAUAAAUCGUGAUUUCAUCCCCAGUGGUGAGCUUUCGACAUUAUAUUCGCGUUGGAAAAGGCUUCUUUCUAUUUCAUCGCUAUCACUCACUGAUAAACUGUUUCAGAUUGCCUAAUAUUUUUAUAUAUGCACGUAAAUACUACUGUAUACUGAAACAAAGCCUGAUGACGGUCUCAUUAAAAAAUAUUUUUCGUUAACGUAUGUUCUAAAUCACAAUAAAGGGAUUCAUAGCAUUUUAAGUAAAGUUUGUAUAAAAGUACAUGACAUCCACUUCAAUUUAAAAAAUAUAUUCUUCUGAUGUAACCUAAACUACUAUUAUGUCCCUCAAAUUUGUUUUCAAAAUGCCAUUGAUGAUAAAACGUGUGCGAUUAGGUAGCUCUACCUAUACUUACUUCUGCGUUAAGUAAGCUCUUAGAUUUGUCUUCAUAUUUAAAGGUGAACAGGUACCUUUCAACAUCCUAGAUCUUCGAGUACCUUUAAUACCUCCAUCUCGUAAAAUGGAUUGGUACUCCCAACCAGCUUAUUUGUCCCUAGACACAGUGUACAUUUAAUUUCCCAAAUAGGGGCCUAAUAACUGUUGAACGUAUCUGAUUGAGAUUACUCGGAUACAUGCACAAUCUAGCGAAAUGUAAACGAAAAAAAACUUUCCCACGACGUUUUACCAUUAAUUGGAUUGGACCAUCUACGGCGAAGGAUAUUUAGAUGGAACACUUCUAAUUAUCACAAAGAGAACCAAUUCACAACGCUGCACUGAAAUUUGUUUCAGAUAGAACACAUAAAUAAUGAAACUCCAAUCAUCCUUGGAGCUGACUUAUACCAUCGGCAUAAACGACUGAACGUUAUGAUAAGUGAAUAUUCAUUGUUCUGAACAACACCAUUUUACGUUUAGGUUAGGAACUCAGUAAGAACGGAAAAAUGAAUUAAAUACUAUUUCUUUCUCACGUUGAAAAGAGAAAGUAAAAACGGACUUGCAGAAGAAAUCGCCGACUGUAAUAUACAUUCAUGUAAGAUUUUUUUUCGCCGCAAUAUGUAUAUGCUUUUCUAGUUUAUCUGUCAAAGAAUAUAUUAUAUGAUAUGAAACUUACAUAUUUUGUGCUUCCCACGUAUAGGGAAUUUAAUUAAAGUUUCACGUGGAUCAGCGCAAAUGAAUACAUACGGACUUUGUGAUGGUCCAUCAGGUUGCUAAUAUAUUAAAAAUAAAUAAAUAUUCACUGUAUCACAAGCUUAUGACUCAUCAAAGUAAAAUGAGGUUGACAGGCCAAGUGAAAUAAUGUGAAACUUAAUACAAUUAUAAUGCUUGUUGUGAUCAAAACAAAAAAGUAAGCGGUACAAACAAAAUAGUAACAAGCACGAUAAUGGCUAGUUAGAAGUAAACAUUUAGUACCUAUAAUGUUGUUGUCUAUCUGUACUUCCGAAUUUGAUUUUAAGUCAUAAUGAAUGUCUUCAACCAUUGGUCUCUGCAGUUUGAAAAUCAUGGUAAGAUAGCUCAUACUUGCCAACAUUACUGAUCUCUAUUACAUAAAUUGAUCGGAUAAUAAUAUAUUCUUUGGCAGAAGUAACUUUUUGUAACUUAAUUAAUCCAAGCUGACAAACAGCUAGUUAACCAUACACGUAAAACGGGCGGAAACGGUAAUUUGAAUAACAACAAAUAGAGAAUUAGCUGUAAUAAUUGUAUGUUUAAGCGGUUAUCGACAAGAUUGAUGAAAGAAUACCGAUAACAGCGAUGCUGCCUUCCCACAAGGAAGGAUAGGGUUAGAAAAGGUCGACUCUAAAAAUACACACCUCGCCUUCUCCUACGGGUUUCCGUCUCCAGCAGUAAGGUCUCAAUAAACACAGAGUUAACACAAAAUGGUGUGUGACGGCCCCAAGUAGUUGUCCCUUGGACACUGCGGUCACGCUCUCAGGUCACUAAGAUCACCUCUACCCAACUGCCUUUUCAGGUACCUCUAGAAGAACCUUUCCACGGUGUAAGCGACCGGGAAGUGGGAACUGCCCUCACACACUUGACAACACUCAAGAUCAUUGUACUCAUAAUCAAUCUUCCUAUUCAAUUCCUAUUAAUCCUCCUACCUAGACUCUCAACUCUAAACUUCCUCUUCAAAUGUCACCAUAACCAGAGAUUCUAGUGCGCAAAACACUGUCCCAGGUCUACUAAAACCUCACCCCAAACUACACAUUGGAGCCUUCAACGUACACACCCUAUGUCAAAUCGAUCAUUGGACCUCCUUGACUAAAACCUUAGAAUCUUGUACCAUUGAUGUAUGCUAUGUCUCUGAAACAUGCAUACAGGAUCCUAGUGUGCUCAUUCACUUGACCUCACCUCGCCAUAACAGCGACCCGACGGCAAAUCCUCGUGGACUGGCGGGUGUAGGCAUAGCACCAAGUACGAGGGCAGAACAAGCACACUUAGAAUGGAUCCUUGUUGUUCGGCUAAAGGGUUCCGUAAGAACUCGGAAGAAUAGGGACACAUGUCGUUACCUUUUCGUCAUUUCUGCCUACGCUCCCACUCACCGCAGCCCGGAUGAAUUGAAAGACGACUUUAGAGAAAGCUUUCUGAACUUCUUUAUAAAACUAAACACUCAGAAAUGGUACUCGUAGCAGGUGACUUUAAUAUUUAAACCAACCAGAAAGAAAUUUAGAUGGGUACUUUAGUAUCACCGCUCAGCGAACAAAUAAUGAUGACCGUCUGCUGCAAAUGUGCUCAGACAAUCGUUUAUUUCUAACAAACACUAAUUCUAAGCAUAAGGAGAGACAUCGUCUAACAUAGAGACUCCUGCAUCAAAUCAACGAUGGACUCAAAUAGACCACAUUGCCAUCGGUCAUCGCUAGAGAGGCUCAGUAGAAGACUGCCGAUCGUUCUGCAGUACAUGUUUAGACUCUGAUCAUGUUCUAAUGCGAGCACGCAUUAGCUUGCACCUGAAUGGACACAGAAAAGCCACAUUAGGAAAAUCCAUUAGAGUUGAACUCAACGAUGAGAAAGACAAAGAUAAAUCCCAGGAACAACUGAAGUAACACUUAGGCAAUCUCGAAAACGAAGCUGACCAAGAUAUUACCUGGAAAGAUAUUUUAAAAAGUUUUGGAAACAGCAACGAGACCUACUAGUGGUUUGAACCAAAGAGUUACGAAAAACCAGUGGAGUUCCGCAACAUACAUUGCCCUGAUAGACUCUCGUAAACAUAUUCCAUCAGGCUACGAACACAAUGAAGAGCGAAAACAAAUCAGAUCUAGGUUAACCAAAAGUCUACGGAACGCUCGUGAGCAGCGGUGGGCAACGAAAACAAAUGAGAUAGAAAAGGCAGUGGCUGUAGGUAACUCAAGAUAGCUUUUCAGACUAAUAAAAGAGACAGGAAUAAAGAAGUCAAGUGCAAGUGACAAUAUCUGGGAAAAAGACGACACUUAUCUGCUCUCAGUCUACACGUUUAAAACGAUAGGCGGAAUACUUUAGGGAGCAGUUCAGCUGGCCUUCAACUACUCUACAACUACACACCAUUCCCAAACAGCUUGAAUGGAACACUGAAUUACGCCCCCCGACUCUAAAUGAAGUUCAAAAAGCUAAAGCUAAUCUGAAACGAGGAAGUGCAGCUAGUCUAGAUGGAUUAACUCCAAAGGUAUACAAGUAUGAGGGUCCAAUUUUAGCGAUUAGGUUGACUAAUAUUUUAGCUAAAAUCUGGGAAGUGGAUGUAAUCCCAUCCAUAUAGUCGCAAUCACUGAUUGUCCCAAUAUAUAAGAAACGACCAAAAUCAGCCUGUGAUAGCCAUAGAGGGAUUAGUUUGACCAAUAUAGCAUCUAAAAUACUAACCAUAAUAAUUAUCGGGUGCCUAACAAAGACUCGUGAACUGCAAACUCGAGAAAAUCAGGCUGGUUUCAGACCUGAUCGUGGUUGCAUCGACCACAUAUUCACCAUCCGUUAGGUUUUAGAACACUGACAUGCUUAUCGGCGUCCAACAAUGACAGUUUGUCUUGACUUAAAAGCAGCAUUUGACUCUGUAAACCGAGACGUUCUGUGGAAGGGUCUGUAUGGAAAGGUGUACGUCAGAAAUCUUCUCAGGGCUUUUUACUCGAACACUAUCAGUCGAGUCAGAGCUUAUGGAGAACUGUCAUCUGAUUUUGCGACCCCAAAUGGUGUCCGAUAAGACUGUUCACUAUCUCCAUUUUUGUUUAAUUUCAUCACAGACCUACUGCUGGAAAUAACUCUCUCGUCGACUGAACUUUCAGGAAUUGACCAUCUACCAAGAGGUCCACUUAUGGGCUUAGAAUAUGCAGGUGACAUAGUCCUGUUUCUUGAAGACGCUGAUAAAAUGCAAAGUCCUUCAGUAGCAUUGACCAACAAUGCCAGGGUGUUUGGUGUGUGUUCUUCCUACGCUAAAUGCAAGUUGUUGCUUCAAAACUGCCUGAGUCAGCACCUUAGCUAAGGAUCGGAAGUGAAGUAGUUGAACACGUCUGAUCAGCACAAGUGGGAUGGUGUCUGACGAAAUCUCAGCACGGAUUCAGAAAACUCGUUUGGCUUUUGCCAACUCACGUCACCUAUGGCAAGGGCGAGAUAUCCGUCUAUCAAUUGAAGGACGAGUAUAGUGCGCAGCAGUUCGUUCUGUUUUACUUUACAAAUGCGAAACGUGAUUGUGAAGGGCAGAGGAUACUCGCAAGUUACUAGUAUUUGAUCACAGAUGUCUUAGAAAUGUUGCUCGUAUCUGCUUGGAUCACCGGGUAAGUAAUAAUGGUUAGGCGCAGAGUAUUAGCGAACGAUGGUAAAUCAGUUGUUGAGGUUGUAAAUCUUCAUCAACUGAGAUUGUGGGCCCACGCAUUACGCAUGCCCAAUCACCGAUUACCACGACGCGCAAUGCUGACUAGUGUUGGAGACGGUUGGAAGAACGUUAAGAGUGGUCAAACCAUCAGUCCAUAAAGUAACUAACUAACUCUUUUUCCCUGUGUCAUAUCCUUAUAUGCAAUCUGUCUUUAUGCAUUUCUAACACUGAGGUAGCUGCUUCUUUUAAUACGGUAUUUGUCUUGUUGUGUUAAUAAGGUAUUGCAACUAGGACUAAUGCAUAUAUUUGCCUGGCAUUAAUCGAAUAACCAGAGGUAACCUAUUACUGUAUUGGUAAAAAAAACACGACCAGAAAGUCAAAAAUCCAACUAAUCUAAGGUUAGCAGUUGUUAUGAUAAGAUUUAAUGAUACGAACGUUGAUAAAUGUAAGUACAAUGCAAAGCCUAAGUAUCGAUUUUGAGAAAAAAAUAGAGUUAAAAAAGACAAGAUUAUGAUAAAAUAGGCGUAAUGUAUUCAUUAAUUUUUAUGAAUAAAAUAUCAGUCUAUUGAAUUUAAAAUACAAUAAUUAACCCAAAUAAAUAAAUGAGAACCAAAACAAAAAUUUAAAUUAGAUCAUUAACUUAUAACACCUUACUUUUUCACGAUAUUCUUCUUGUGUUAUCACAUUUACAAUAUUAACUCGACCAAGAAGACAACUAGUAGGAUAUGAUGUUGGCAUAUCUGAUUUGGGGACACCUAUAAUUAAUAAUAGUAAUAAAAAUAAAAUUUUGGAAUAUUUGAGCAAUAUCAUGAUAUUAAAAUCUGUGAUUUCAUAAUUCUGCAUUAUACAAUUAUAGUAUAAAACAGAAUAGUGUGCAUGGACAAAUAAUUACAUCAGAUGCUGAAAGUUUAAAGAAAAUUGAAACCAUGAGCUUAAAUGUUAAAGAAGAAAGAGUUUUAGUUACUAUCGUUUAAAAAAGAUACUUAUGAAUAUUUUCAGUAAAAAUAAGGAUCUCUUUAAGCGAAUUACUCUUCAAGUUGUAUAAGAGGGAAAUAAUAGAUCUAAGAUUUUAAAGAAUAGCAGUGGUAAGUUUAGAACAACGUCUUUACAGCGAGAUAUUAUCUCCACUUUGAGAAAUAAAACUGACUGAACUUGAAUGAAACGCCCAGGUUUUUGUCAAGAUUAACAAAGAAAUCCAAAGCUUUAGAACACACAACAAUUUAGGUGAGUGACAUUUUUAAAACGUAUUUCUAUAUCUGAUAUGAUGGAAAGAAAAGUCAAUUUUCGAUUGGUUUACUCAUGAAUUUUGUUCAAGAUUUCUUCCGUUUUUAUUCAAUGUAAUGAUUACUGAAUGUAGUGUUUGUUUUCUUUUCUCGUAUGAUAUUUUAUUCUGUAUAAUAUGCGAUAUUCUUGUAUUACAUUGACAUGAACUAUGCUUAGUAUGUGAUUUGUUAUAACUCCAAGUAUUUUUCAUAUAUGUGAUUUCAUCUUAAUUAUUAAUCAAAAUGAGUGUACAAUCAAUAUAUAAAUAAGUGUAUUUUCUACUAGAGUCGUCGUCGUGUUUUGGGGUUAAUAAAUCAUCACUUAUACCAGUCUUUGUGUUCUUACUUUCGAGUUGUGGAAAUUGCAGUGGUCCCUCGUUCCGAGUAUAAGUGAUAAACGUUUCCGACAUAACAAUCAGCGACGACCAGAUACAAAAAUUAGCAUUAAAAGAGCCAAGACAAUAAGCAUUAAGACGACAAGUUAUAACAAUAUCAGACUAAACCUUAAACUUGUUUGAAUGCUGUACAUAAGUAUUUAUUCGAUACUAAUGCUAGAAGACCGGGAUAAUGAUUGCAGUUGAAAGAAACUCAAAUGGCAUAUGAAUCCAAACGAGUGAACAAAGAAUUACCAUUUGUGGUGCCGAUUUAUAAGGCUUGAUUAAUUACUAUUUGAAUUCACUUUAAAUUAUUCGGAUACUUUCAUUACCGAGGUGUCAUAUUAAUAAAACGCUAGUUAUCGCAUUUAAUUUUAGUUUAUUCGGAAUUAUAAUAAUCACACAGUCAUAAAAACAUAAACUGUUGAAAGUACUGAAAAUAAAUACUAUCUCACAUAUAACAAUUUCUAAUCUGAGUGGAACUCCGCCUGUAGCUCUUCUAGGGUUACCACCAGUCCCAAGACCGGGUAAAGGAGGAGGGUUGGGCAUAGAGUCAGCAAUCCCAUCCUUCAGAAAACAAACUAGCUAGAGAACACUAACCAGAAAAGACAAUUUAACCUAUGUCCUCCGAGUUCAAGGGUCUUCAUUCAGACGAAAUAUGAUGCCUCAUGGAGGAAGCCGAGAUUCUUCGGAAGUUAAGAAUCCUAUGCCUCUUCUAAUAACCAGAGCAACAAUUUCUAUAGCUACAUGAACUGUUUGGACAAUGUGGGUGACAAGGAGGACCAAUCAUUUAUUAUUUAUUAAUUAGAACACAUAAAUAUUGGUACAAGGGGGCACCAGAUAUAUAUGCACCACACAAUAAUAAUGAGGAUGGGAAAAGAAAAAAAAAUGGAAGGUGAGUAUAAGAGAGAAGAAAUGAAAAAGAGAACAAUAACGACCACAGAUUAGUGUAUGGUAGUGUAAUAAUAAUAGUAAUAAUUGUGGGGGAAACGGAAAGGUACGACCAGAAAGAAUUCUUUCAGUUAAGGAUGUUACAACCACUUUUUAUGAAGGAAGGUUACAGCAGGAUCGCCACUGACUUCUACUCUGAGCCAUAUCUGAUAACGUCUCUAGCCACUGUGUAGCACCAUCUCUCGGACCCCAACCAGGGAGUCGUGAAGGUCCGACACAAGCCAGCCCUUUGCAGCUUUAUUUCAUACCACGACACCAUGUCAUGCACUGACCACCUCUCCGUUUCUUCCAACCAGUCCCAGAGUCGGCAAAUAAUGCACGACGGGGAAUUCUCUGGGACGACAUUCGUAGAACAUGUCCAAGCCACCGAAGUCGGUGUUUCAAGAUGGUGACACCGAUUGCAUUAUCAUCUCUGUGCCCGAACACACGAUGCCGAACCUCUGCAUUACUGACAUGGUGUUGCCACUGCAUGUCAGCAAUCCUUCGGAGACAGCGAUGAUCGAACACAGAGAGUCGUCUAACGUCCUCAACUCGGAGAGACCAGGUUUCACAAGCAUAGAGCAAAACUGCUCUCACCGACGCGUUGUAGAUCCGACUUUUUACAGCCAGACUAACAUCACGAAGGCGCCAAAGGUGGCCCAGAUUGGCAUAAGCCGCUCUGGCUUUCACUAUUCGUGCAUUGAUCUCACCACUCACACCCCCACCAGCACUUAUGCAGCUACCCAGAUACACGAACUUCUCGACUACUUCUAUCUGCUCACCAUCCAGGGUGAGUACAUGAUUAGAAUCCUGCCAGUCUUUUAGAAGUACUUUACACUUCAAAGGUGCAAAGCACAUACCGUACCUACGGACACUGAUUGCCAAUUGAUUAGGUUCGGAUUGCAUCGCUUGGGCAUUAUCGCACAGUAAGACAAUAUCAUCCGCAUACUUUAUUUACUUAUUUAUUUUAACACGUAGAUAUUGGUACAAGGAGGCACCAAAUACAUAUGCGCCACACGGAUCUCAUCUGAUAUGUGUGAGGGCUGUGAUACUGCCCGGGUGCCCAAACCGAAGCAGGUGUAAAGGCGAGGAUUGGCAAAGCAAGGACAGCAUCCCUACAGUUGAAAGACAUAUGAAACUCAAGACAACUGUCUGCAAGUCAACAUCAAAUUCAGAAUCUUCAAUACGAAAGUCAAGACAGUUCCAUUGUACGGAGCUGUAACUUCGAGAACUACUACAACCAUCAACAAAAAGGUACAAGUGUUUAUAAACAAUUUUCUACGCCGGAUACUCGAUGUCCUUUGGCUAAAUACCAUAGGCAAAAGCCUAUUAUGGGAGAGAAUAAACCAGCUUGCAGAUGGAGAGGAAAUUAGGAAGAAACUCUGGAAGUGGAUAGGACGCACAUUGAGGAAAUCAUCAAACUGCAUCACGAAGCAAGCACUAUCUUGGAAUCUUGAAGGGAAGAGCAAACGAGGAAGGCCAAAGUACACACUACUCCGAGAGUCGGCAGCAGACAUGAACAGAAUGAGUAGCAACUGGAAAGGAUUGCUCAGGACAGUUGAAUGGACAGUGCUAGUAACUGACCUAUGCUUCUCUACGAGGGGUAACAGGCGUAAGUAAGUAAUCUGAGUGACAUGAUAAUAAUAUAAUCAAACUUGUAUGUAUCAAACAGUGCAUUUGUUCCUUGUAUUAAUAAAACUAGUUUCAACUUGGAAAAGUUAGUUAUUCUCAUUGGGUAUGUAUUCAGAUAAUCGUAGUGUAAUUACAUUUGUCUUUUUGAAAGCUAUAUAAUGCCUUUUCUGCUUCUCUGUUAGAACGUUUAUUGUGCUGUAGUUGAGAAAGUUUUACUUCAAAGUACGGGUUAGUUAUGUUUUCUCAUACCUAUCGGUGAAAUAACAUAGAACAAUCUUACUUUUAAGAUGAUUAAAAGUAAUCAGAGUUGAAUUAUGCAUUUAUUUGUCAUCUAUUCUGUACUCACUAAUCUUCAUUUAAUGAUCGAGAUAGUCGAUAUUUUUCACAGUUACGCUCACAGUAAUAAUCUUUUACAACUGAUUGCUAUGUAUAACAAUAAUAAUAAGUUUAUUUGACGUUAUAUGUUUAGUACAAUGCGGAAUUUUGGUAUGCAAAAAUAAUUAAGUAUAAUCUAUAAAUAAAAAGACUAAUCCACAGGAAACCUACAUAUACAUAUGAGUAUUUACAUUACCACAUCCCUAACUUAGUAAGAUUGAUAGCAAUUUAUAAAACUAAACCUGUGUAUCCCUGAUAUAGAAUAAAUAUGAAUGUUAUGAAUACUAUAAUAUCAUCUUUAGAAAGUAUUUUAAGUCUCAGUAAUCGAAUAUUUUGCACUGCAUACACAACAAAAGAAUAAAAUAUUACCAGCCUUCAAAUAUUUAUUCUCGAUUGCAGUGAUUUCCUCUGGAUCAGUUUUAUUUACUGUCGAUGCUAUCCACAGACAUCCACGAUACGGAGUAUACCAUGUUCUACCUUCUUCCCUGUUUAUGCAAAUAACACAGAGGAAUUUAACAAGCAUACAUAUAUUUAAGUAAAUCAUUUUUAAUGAGUCACAAAAUCUUUGAAUAAUUAAUGGAUGAAUCGAUCUCAUAAUUUACCAAAAGCAUGUUCCUACUACUUGAUAAAUAUGCAAAAAGAUAUGAAAUAAAACAUUGUGAAUAUUCCAAAGAUUUAAAAUGAAAAGAGAAAAAAACGAAUAAAGAAGUGAUAGAUAUAAGACUCAUAAAUCAAUCUACAUAAUUUACAACCAUUGACUAGGUGGAUCUAUAGAGAAUUCAACCAACUUGCUUGAUGCUAUCGAAGUGAACGAGAACACUAAUCGGGACAACCAAAUGUAUUUGGAUGAAAAAUUACCGAAUAUCUUGGUAAAAUCUGGGAAACAUGCAGUACUUCAUUUGCACAGUGUCAAUCAAUUGUCUAAGUCUUGAUUGUCCCUUUAUUUUCACACCAAUCACUAUCUGUUCUCCUCUUCUCUUUGAUCUUUUUAACGUUUUACAGCCAGGCAUUUCAAUUUCCAUUGGUGAUACAUACUGUAGUGAACAGAACACGAGUGGGGACAAUCGAAUGUAUUUGACACAAAAUUACAGGACUUGUUAAUAAAAUCUAACAAUCAUUAAAUAAAUGCUUAAUUUGCAAGAUGUCCACCAAUUGUCUCAAAAUGACUCAAACUCCAUUGUUCUUACAUUUUCAUACAAAUCGCAUCCCGUUUCCAUUCUUUACUGUUCGAUCCCCUUUUCUCUCUGCUGCCAGACCUUCUGCUUACGACUAACAUAUACUACUUAUGUCAAUAUAAGUAGCACACACUACACCAUAACUAACGCACAACGUUACACAAACAGGAGCACGGUGUGCAAACUGCUUAAUUAUUGAGUAAAUAAAAUAGAAUAGUAACUGAUAUUUUGAUAUGAAUUAUGAUGAAUCAUUCUUAUCUCAAGCCACUAGUCGAAUGAAAAUCAAUUCUACAAUUUUGAUGAAGAAAUCAAACUGCCUUACUCCAUUGGAAAAUAUUUUAGGGACUAAUCUAUGAAUCACGUCUGAUCAGUAAACAAACUGUUUUUUGAAUGACUAGCAUUGUAUCAAAGCUUUUGAAUGUAAAUAAUUUUUUUUCGAGAAAAUACCAUACAUUUGUAUCAAUUGUAAAACAAAAAUUGGCUUUAAAAAUGCAUACGAGGACUUACAACUUGAUUCCACGCACUAAUAAUGAAGCCCAAGGUUGAUGAAGGCUUAAACAAUAACCUUCAUCGACAAGUUGUCUUGACUCAUCAUCUUGUAUUCGUAAAAGAGAGGUUGAUUGAUUUAAUGCCACAAUGACAGGAUUUUGAUCAUCAUAGUUUUUGCUAUCCAUAGAUUGAGGUAUAAACUACAAAAAAGUGAUUUUCACGCAAUACUAGGGUUUUGACAUUAAAAUGAAAUCUUUUUAAAGGUUAACUUUAAAUGCACGGCUAUUUUUUAAAUUUUUUUCUAGUGAAUUAUUUUUUCAACCCCAUUUACCAAUAAUUUUCAUUCGGUUUCGUCCAAUCAAAUAGCUAGUUUUAAGUUCGUUAUAAUUGGUCGUUUAUUUCUUAAAAUUGAUAUAAAAUGUCAGAACGUGACGACAGAGCACAUUUUCUUCCAGUUAUGGACGGUAGUAACGUACAAAGCACGAGCUCUGUCGUUUCUCACGUUGUCACGGAAACCGAUAACCUAUUCUUGAGCACAUUGUAUCCUGUAGUGCUCUAAUCAUUAGAACUUAUGAAAAAGUUAUGUAUUGUCAUUGUGCGGUGAGAGAUUCUCAUUUCCAUAGAGAUCGUAAGCCGUAUAUUAGAUUUGUAUAUUGGAAAAAUGGCCAUAUAACAACUAGCGGCCCCUCACAGCCCAAUAGACGAAGGAGGACUUCCGUGAACAUUCAAUGUCCUUCCUUCAUCUUUUGUACGUUACCAACUAUCAAAAUAACGUCGAUGUGAAUGUAACGUUAAGCAAUGACGAAGAAGAAAUUGUUUCGGUUACCUCAGAGGAGUUCGCUGAACGAGACGACGACAAUGACGAAAACGCGUAUGACAACAGACUAUGUGAUAUUUUCAAUCUUGCGCAACCGCCACAUGAAACUGCUGAUGCAAGUGCCUGGAUAUUUUGUACAUGAGAAGCGAUGUUCCAUUUAUUUUGGGCUUACGACCCAUCACCACACGUCCAUGGAAUCCACUGUCCCAUGUGCGGCGCUAUAACGGAAUCAUAGCAACGCCUUUGUUCAUGAAAUUCGGAACUGUUAAGAGAACGAGUAAAGGCCCUUUUCAGUGCCACCCACAAUUUCAUUUAACUUCUUUUGUUUCAAUUCCUUAUUUCCAUGGCAAAGGUCAAGUGAUGAAGCUAUCAAAAUUCAUUUUAGAUUAAUAAUCACUAUGUGAUUAUCGCCCACGUAUUCGUAAACGCUUUUUAGGCUUUAUCAAAUAUACGGUUUAAGUAAAGGAUUUCGUAUAGAAGAAAAUUUCAUCUAGUGAACACUAAUCUGUCUAACAAUAGUACACGGAAAACAUAUUCAGAAUGUUUCAAUGUUUUGUCAUAUAGUUACGGUAGACGAAUGUAGUACGACAAGUUCACUAGUACAACGACAUUAUUUCUAUGGGAAAGGUCAACUGAACUAAAACUGAUGAAUUCCAAUUAAGCCUUAGUGAUUAAGCAAUAUAAUCAAUUGAGAUUUUUAAUGAUUUCGUGGACUAGUUGGAGUAAGACAUUAACAGGUUUUCCGUUAUACACUAACGCAGAUUAAGUCGAUAAUAAUACACAAAAAUAGUCAGGAUAUAUAUUUCUACAGCAACCAUUCAUACGACUCAAUAGGAGUCAGACAUCAACACACAAAAAGUAAACAAUUACCAGGACUAAACAUCAUAUCAGCAGUGUGCUUGACUAUGCAAUUUAAUUUGACGAAUGUUUAACUGAUAUAUA